GUGAUCCUCACGUCAGGAGCAAGCAACUAUACGAUAGAGACGGGCGCAACAGACAACCGGAGACAGAGGCUUUUGGUUACGCGAGACGGAACUUCUCAUACACAUCGCGAGUAUGGCAGUCAACAUGGGAAGCUGGGCGCAAUUACGGCAGCAAGCAAGAGCACAAGAGACACAGACAGAAUCGCUUUUCCACACAUAUGCACAGUUUGCCUCCAAGACUGACAUAGAUCCCGAGCCGAGUGAAGAGGAAAGCCGCACGGAGGAGCAGCUGAACGAGAUACUCGAGAAGCGCAACGCAUCAAUAGCCUCUCUCCAACGAGCAAUCGACUCUGAAUCCACGCCAUCGCAACUCAAACGUACGAAUCUGGAACGACACAAAGAAAUCCUAUCACAACACCGCAGCGAACUCUCCCGACUGAAAUCACAAAUCUCUCAAGCCCGCGAUCGAGCGAACCUCCUUUCGAAUGUGCGAAAAGACAUAUCGACAUAUCGCAAUGCGCAAAACCCUGAAGCCCAGGAAGCAGAAUACAUGCUUCAAGAACGAAACCGAUUGGAUCGAUCGCACAAUGUGGCAGAUAGCGUCUUGAGCCAAGCUUACGCGGUAAACGAGAGUUUCGGGCUACAACGAGAAAGCUUGGUGAGCAUACAGAGGAGGAUCACGGGUGCUGCGGCGCAAAUACCUGGCAUCAAUGGGUUGAUGCAGAGGAUUGGUAGUAAGAAAAGGAGAGACGGCAUUAUUCUGGGCUCCUUUAUCGCCAUAUGCUUUUUGGUCCUGCUGUGGAUGUGGUGAAGGAUGCGCUGAAGCUCUGGUAACUCGGACGCAUGAUUAUGCUCAGCAUUUUUACGUCGAGACUCUUCGGCACGAAUCAAAUGUGUCGCUUCGCACCAGCGAGUCUCUGCUGGUGGAGCUUCCUGCGUGAUGCAGCUUGCGGCGAAAGCAGCACCUUUCAGCAAGUGCUAAUAGCUUGCACGCCUGCCUCGUGGGGUGAUGCGGCAUAGGCAGCGUCAUAUUCAUGGCGGCCAGCAUUACACCGAAGCAUGAAGUCGCCACUUAGAUCGCAUGCGCCCGUCGCUGUUGGUCCCCAUCCUCGAAAUGAUGCCCAUUUUUGGCUUAGAUUCAACAGUACCGAUUCAGACUUGCGACACGCCAUCGAUUGAGGAGAAUCUCUGAGCACCAGACUGUGCUUCAGGGAGUCGUGGGCUGCAUCGUUGGGCUGGGAAAGCCAGAGCUCCAUCGGUCAUCAUUCCAGCAAGAAACUUCGGCCUGGAUCCUGUCGACUGGCACGCCAAUUUCCCGCAAGCUGUCUAUGUACGUCGCAAGCGAGGCUUUCCGACACCAACCAAGCCACUUGAUCUCAAUCAUCCGGAUGAGUGACGCAUCCUUGGUACCGAUUGCUCGGAGCCAUUGAACGUCGCCGCUCGCGAUCCGGCCAAUGCCGUCCACGGGAGUAACUUUAGGUGAAAAGACGAACUUGUUCCGGCCAUAAAACAUGGGCAAAGUCUCGUUGCGGAUCGAUCGACAGACUCUCGUUAGAGCAGGUUGCUCGGGACUUCGGCAUUCAUAGGGCUGGGGGAUGGCCAGAACUUGUGUAUUCUGGUCGAUAUAUUCAUGCGUCACGAUCCAGUCUCGAUUGUAGCGGGACAAAUCGACACUAUAACAUUGUUAAUUAUGAAUGUUCCUGCCA